AUUGCUGCUUUACAGCAGAUUUUCCAUUUUAUUUUAUUUUUUUAUUUUCUUAUUAUUUUUGUACUGCCGUCAAUAUAGUGCUCUCAACGCAAUUUCCUUGCCAGGAUUUUCUCAGAUCAUGAACAAACUAUAUGUCGGGAAUUUGAGUCCUUCGGUCACUGUCGAGGACUUGAAGCAGCUCUUCAACGAGAGAAAGCUUCCAGUGACCGAUCAGGUCCUGCUGAAAUCCGGCUAUGCCUUCGUUGAUUUUCCUGACCAAAACUGGGCAAUUAAAGCUAUUGAAACGCUAUCUGGAAAAGUUGAAUUGCAUGGGAAGGUGAUUGAGGUAGACUACUCUGUUCCCAAAAAGCUAAGGAGUCGCAAGAUACAGAUCCGCAACAUCCCCCCUCAUCUUCAGUGGGAGGUUUUGGAUAGCCUUUUAGCACAGUACGGUACUGUAGAAAACGUGGAGCAAGUUACCACUGACACUGAACCAGCCGUGGUGAAUGUGACGUUCGCGACUAAAGAGGAGGCGAAAGUAGCGGUGGAGAAGUUGACCGGACACCAGUUUGAGGACUAUUCCGUCCGCGUGUCGUACAUCAUGGACACGGAUGCGGCGCAGUCCCAGCCGUCGCGCUCGCGUCGAGGAGGGCGCGGCUCACGGGAACAGGACUCCCAGCCGGGCCCGUCGGCGGGCAGCGGGGGGGGAGCCCGACAAAAACAGCACGACUUCCCCCUGCGCAUGCUGGUGCCCACGCAGUUCGUGGGAGCCAUCAUCGGCAAAGAAGGCCUCACGAUCAAAAACGUCACCAAACAGACGCAGUCGAAGGUGGACAUUCACAGGAAGGAAAACGCUGGAGCGGCGGAGAAGCCCAUCACCAUCCACUCCACUCCUGAGGGCUGUUCAGCCGCCUGUGGCAUGAUCCUGGACAUUAUGCAAAAAGAAGCCAACGACACCAAGGUUACCGAUGAGAUUCCUCUGAAGAUCCUGGCUCACAACAGUUUGGUGGGGAGGCUGAUCGGUAAGGAGGGCAGGAACCUGAAGAAGAUAGAGGAGGAGACGGGGACCAAGAUAACUAUCUCUCCUCUGCAGGACUUAACCAUUUAUAACCCAGAGCGGACCAUAACGGUGAAGGGCAGCGUGGAGGCAUGCUGUAAGGCGGAGGUGGAGAUCAUGCGGAAACUGAGGGAGGCCUAUGAAAACGACGUCGCUGCUAUAAAUCAACAAACCAACCUUAUCCCUGGGCUGAAUCUCAACGCUCUGGGCAUUUUCUCCACCGGGCUCCCCAUGCUGCCCGCCGGCCCCGGGGCCCGCAGGACCCCUGCUGCCGGGCCACCCACCGCAUACAACCCAUUCUUAGUGAUGUCCCGCCCUCUUUUCCUGUCUCUCCAGAGUCCCACAUCCCAUCUCAGCAGUCUGUAUGGAGCGCCCCCGGGCAGCGCUAUUACACACCAGCACACGGCUCCUGAACAGGAGGUAGUUUACCUCUUCAUUCCGACCCAGGCGGUUGGAGCGAUCAUCGGUAAGAAAGGACAGCAUAUUAAACAGCUGGCGCGGUUUGCCGGAGCCUCCAUAAGGAUUGCUCCGGCAGAAAGUCCUGAUGUCACUGAAAGAAUGGUUAUUAUUACCGGGCCUCCUGAGGCCCAGUUUAAGGCCCAGGGGAGGAUAUUUGGAAAGCUGAAGGAGGAGAACUUCUUCACAGCGAAAGAGGAGGUGAAGUUAGAGACACAUAUCAAAGUGCCCUCGUCGGCGGCCGGCAGAGUCAUCGGCAAAGGCGGGAAAACGGUCAACGAGCUGCAGAACCUGACAAGUGCAGAGGUCAUCGUACCGCGGGACCAGACUCCAGACGAGAAUGAUGAGGUCUUUGUGAAAAUCAGUGGGCAUUUCUUUGCCAGCCAGACUGCACAGCGGAAGAUCAGGGAGAUCAUUCAGCAAGUGAAACAACAGGAGCAGAAACACCAGCAGGGUCUUCCUGUGCCACACCACUCAAAGUGAGUCAGGAGCAGGGCCCAGCAGACACCUGCCAGUGAAUGUAGCCCUCCCAUCUGGAGAGAGAGAGAGAGAGAGAGAGAGAGAGAGAGAGAGAGAUGGACCAGAAGCAGAUGACUGAGGGAAUCGGCACAGUAACAGACCAGUUAGAGUGGGAUCAAAAACCAAAGAACUUCCAUUGGGGUGAGACACGCUGUGUGUUAGCCAAAGGCCAGGGGCUGGGAAUGCACUGCCAGACCACGGGGAAAAUGUACAAGGCAUGGAGAAACCUAACCUUGUUUUUAUUCUGCUCUUUUUUUGUUUGUUUGUUUUCUUUCUUCUUUUUUUUAACGCAAACUGUUAAAUGAAGAAGGGUAGAAAAAAAUGGCAGAGAAUUGAAGCAUCUUUUAUUUGUCUUAACAGUUUAAAACAGGAAAAAAAUGUACACAGCUCUGCAGUUUGUUAUCUGUGUAGCUGGACUAACGUAGACCUAACAGGCAGAUCAAACACUCUAAUAAGAAACCUGUUUAUGAACGCAGUUUUAAAAUUGGGUUAUUUGGAAUAGUUUAGUUUGGUUGGGGGGGGGGGGCAAUAGUGAAUAUGAAUGCAUUUUGGAAGAGGGGUUGUUUUAUGAGCAGAGGUUGGUGAUCCAGAAUCUAAAAGAUGUUUCAAGAAAAAAUGUAUGUAUCUUCAGCAGUGUUCAGAUAAAAACACUAGAACAAAUAUACUGUUAUAUACAAGAACAAUCCAUUGUUAUUUAUGUUUAUAUUUGUGUGAAGUAUGUAUAAGCUUCCUAUGUAUGUAUAAUAUGUAUAUAACAGUAUAUUUUUCAAAUCUGUUUUUAGAAACACUUGGGAAGGAGGGUUAUCUCGGAUAAGUCAGAGGACAAAGGAAGUGGGUGUGGUUGGUAGUUUCCUUUUGGAGAGACCCAGUUUGGUACCAGACAAAAUGAGAAAAAAAAACCCAAAAAAAACCAUAGAGACUGGUGAGAUGGUUGCGUGGAUCGGUGGAACAGUCUGAAUCUAUCUGUGCCAAGCUCUUAAAACAUUUUUUUUCUCCUCUACAAAUCGGCUGCACACCUUUGGUUUUCUCUCUUUCGUUCGCUUUUAGACUCUCUGUCGUCUCAGUCCACAGCGUUUACCUUCCAACUUUGUGUUAGUUUUGUAAUUUACGUCACCACAUGUUCACUAAGUCAUUUUUUGCAGCUUUCUUAAAAUCCACUAUUGAGCUGAUCCCCAGGAACAGUAGUUUGCAGUGUUGAAAUCAGUCGUCUAAAACCCCAGAUGAUUGGCGCAUUCUGUUUUCCCUUUAUACCGGAGUUAAGAAUCACCCUCCUCCUCUUUUUCCUUUUCUUUCUUUCUUUUUUUUUUUUUUUUGCUUUAGGGGUGUAAAAGAGAAAAUAAUAAAGCGAGAGCUGACGUCUUAAGACGGUGCACUUUUUGCUAACUGCACAGAAUGUACACCGAAAUUUCUGCCUUAAGAAAAAAAAAAAAGAGAGAAGCUUGAAGAGCUGAAAUGUGAAAAGCCUGGGUCGCGGGGACUUUUCCCAGACGGAGGAGAGUGGCUGGAGUCACGGGGGGGG